UUUUGUUCUCAGUAAUAUGCAUUUUGGAUUAACGCAGCGUGAACUGGUUCAGUACACACAAGAAGCACAACCAAAUGUUCUGAAGCCUGGUGUCAUAAAUGAAGUGGUGAAAGUAUUAGUGAGACAUUAUGAGAAAUGUGAAGAUGAAAGGAUCCAAAAUCUAGCUGAAGUUGAACGUAAACGCAUAGGAAAUCUGGAGGCUGAAACAGAAUUGAAACACAUACACUUGUGUAUAAAGCGUCAGCCUAGAACACCGUGUGAGAAACGGCGCCAGAAGUCUCAGAAACCAAGUACGCACUGGAUGGACACCCAAAAACCUGGAAUGCAUCCUCCACCGAAUUCACAUAAAAAUAAAAUCUUACAAGAAAAGGGGUUAUCAGCUGAGAAAAAACAAAUCGACCAGGAUAACUUACAGAAAGAAGAAAGUCCUCAAGAUACUAGUUCAGAUCAAGUAGGACAUCCAGAAAAGCAGCAUGAAUUGGACCCAGAAUUAUGUUUACACUUACCACUUGGCAUGAUCAGAUACCCAACACCUAGAACAAGAAAUUUUCUGGCAGCGCAGGCAAGUUGUGUUUGUGACAGUACGGCAAAUUCAGUGGUGAUUGGUACUUUCUUGGUUAUGUGA